CUUGUUCCAUUCGAUAGAAUCCUACAAUAACAAUUAUACAGUUGUGCAUUUGACAGCCUGGAAAAUUAGUAUUGAUAUCGGAGAAUGCUAAGUGAAUUGGAAACAGGAAAGUGUUUUUUCUUUAUUUUUGGGAUUAUUUUUGUGGUGCACAUACUCUACAUAUUGUCUGUUUAUCGUGCAGUACGUUAUAUUGAUUUGAUGGUGAAAUGGCUGCACUUUAUUUCCGUCUGUUUAUUUAUACUCGUCUUGGCUAACAGCGUAUUUCUUGCGAUUUACAUAUACAGUAUAGUACCAAACAUUUUCAUGUCAAGUACACUUAGUUACAUAAUAAUUGGUGAAAACCUCCACAAAUCUAAUAAAUGUCCAUUAAAUUUUUGUAAUCUGCCACGCCUUAAGAUUCGAUUGUCUUCACUAUUAGUUAUGUUCUUUGACAACGCAUAUAGCACAUCAGUUUCAUCCCUUUCUUCCCUUUGCUCCAAUUUAGAAUUUUUCCAAAAAGGAAAAUGUUUGCAGUGUAAACAGCAACUUCGAGAUGGACUGGGGAGAAAACUGUCCUGUUUACACACAUUUUGUGCAACUUGUCUAGAAAGCGAUCAAGCGAGUCAAAAAGGAAACCUUGUCAAUGGAACAUACAAGUGUCCUGUGGAAAAUUGUCAGAAGCUCAUAGCUUGGCCAGAGAAAGGAAUUUUAGAAAUAACUCCAUAUUAUUCUUUCUCUGGGGCAAUAAAUUUAAAUCAAGACGAUUUGCUAACAUGUCAUCAACACGGAUCCAAUAUUUUGAAAAUGGUUUGUCGGGAUUGCUUCUACGAAUUAGUUUGUAUUCAUUGUAUUCAAAGGCAUGAAGAUCAUAAAUUGGAUGAUAGAGAAGAUGUAAUUAAUCACGUCAAAAAGUUUCAAAUAGAUUGCAAGCAUAAAGCAGAGCUAUACCAGAAGACUAUACUGGACGAAAGAGAUAAUCUACUAAAAGACUUAAAUAGCUAUUACUUAGAACUGUCAAAUAGCAUAGAAAAUCAAAGAAAAGCUAUUAAAGACGAAGCAGUAAAAAUUUUAAGAGAAAAAGAAGUACUUUUGGAUGAUAUUAAAAAAUCUGUGUCUGUAGCUGUUUUUUCCCUUUUGCCGUCAGUAGAGGAGCAAAUUAACUUAUCACUCAAACGAGCAGCACGUUUGGUAAAAGAGAAGAAUAGAAAAUGUCAUGAAGAUGAUAUUGGCCAAUGGGGAAAUGUUUUAAUUAAGAUAGAUAUAGAACGAUCUAAAUGUGCUCAAGGUACAUCCAAAUCUGAAUUACACAUUGGCAACACAAAAAUUUCAAAGACCAAUAUCAAGUCAAUAUCACAGGAGAAGUCAACGAAGAAAACAGUUGGUCAAAAUUCUCCUGUAAAAAAUGCUUCAGAACAGAAAACUGUUACAGCAACAAGAAAUGUUCCGAGAGGAAUUCUUGUUGGUAUUCCUAAUGAGGGAAGUUGCUAUAUACAAAAUCUCUAUAUUGACCAUGAUUAUCUGUUCGUCUUAGAGAUAAAAAACAAUAAUAAAGGACCAUCAUAUCUAAACAAGUAUAGCUUUGAAGGACACCUCAGAUCAUGUACAUUAAAAUUAGAUAUUGUUAUUCAGUGUAUUGUUCCAACAUCGGAUGGAAAAGUAUUUUACUUUUAUGACUUUACAAAUAGUAAAGUUAUUGCUCUCAAUGUAUUGGAAAAUUUCCAAUCAGUUGUGAUCAAGAAAAAGCAAAUCGAGUAUAUAAACUUAUUUCAAAAUGAUGAAAAGCUAAUUUUGCUAAAAACAAACACACUGAUUUGCUUCGAUUUAAAAAUAUCUAAAGAACUCUGGAAGCAAAAACCUAAAUCAUCUGGGUCUUUUUGUGGCUUAUCUACCAAAAAUAAUGAAAUUUUCGUUUGUCAUUUCAACACUUCAAAGAUAAUUGUUUAUGAAGAAACAGGCUCCAUUAUUAGAAACAUAGCAUGCGAUGGAAUGCCGACUGGACUGCUAGCAACGCCAGAUAGUUUAGUAAUGAUCCAGCAUAAGCAAAAGAAAAUAGAAGUUAGAAAUAUGGAAGGAAAAGUACUAAGAAUGUUCAGCUGCGAAGGAUUUCCAGUUAGUUGCGCGAUUCAGAAAGAACAAGCAUUCGUAAGCACAUUUUACAAAGAAGGGAACGAAAGGAUCUGGAAAAUCGAAAGCAUUCAACUGGACGCCAGCAAAUUAUAAACAGGCCUAAAUUGCUAUUGCUUUUAUAUAUUAGAUUACACUUUGCGUUGGUUUUCGAUUUCGCUUGUUUUUUUGCACGUCUUACCUUUUACCAUUUUUAAUCCACGUUAUAUCCGGUUUCGGAUUCCCUUCAGCUGAACAGUUCAAAAUAACGUUUGAGCCUCUUCGUAUCGUAGAUUCUUGUUUUGGGUGAACUAGUUGAACAUCAGCAUUAUCAGAUAUCCCUGUUAAAGAACAAGUUUUCAUUACCUCCAUGAUGAAUAACUUUCAUGCAGCUUGAUGAGUAAUCAAUCACAAGGAACGACGCGCGUUCCCUGGUUAAUUAUCAAGUAGGUCGGAAAGUUCAAAGGUCAAAUAUAUUGCAUAACCAAGAAAAUUCUAGGGCAUGUCGAAAUUUGAGGAUAUUGAUAACGUUUCACCUCGACCGUUAACACACUAACAAUAAAACUGUAAGAUAUUUAUCAUAAAUCUUAGUUGGUAAAAGUCCCAAUCUGCUUUAGUCGUUUUCGUAAUCAAACGUAACUUUUUUACAUAAAUACUUGCAUAUAUAUAAGUGAAUACAAAAUAACCCUAUCUAGUU